AGCCGGCAGCAACGUGUCCAAGCAAACCACGCGCCGCCACCGCCGUUGUUUCCCAAAGCAGUUUCUCAAUCAAGCACACUCCACUCCAAUCCCCCGCCGCAGUCUGCAAAACCCUCGUCUCCCCCCACAUUCCUCCGGUCAGAUCGAGUGCUCGUCAGUACUACAUUCGAAUCUAGGAGCCAGAGAAUCUAGGGCGAUGGCAGCGACCCACCCGGCCUCCCCGACCGCCGCCGGUGACAAGUCAUCCCCCUCGCCGCCGCCGCCGGUGCGCCUGGCGACGGCGGUCGCGGCCAUCCAACCCAGCUCGCCGCGCUUCUUCUUCUCCUCCCUCGCGGCUUCCUCCUCGCCGCACCGCCGCAUCGGCAUCGCCGUCGACCUCUCCGACGAGUCCGCCUUCGCCGUCAAGUGGGCCGUCCAGAACUACCUCCGCCCAGGCGACGCCGUCGUGCUCCUCCACGUGCGCCCCACCUCCGUCCUCUACGGCGCCGACUGGGGCUCCAUCCCCGUCUCCGUCGACGACGACGACGGCGGGGAAGCGCCGGCUGGCGACGAGCCGGAGGACGCGCGGAAGAAGCGGGAGGAGGACUUCGACACCUUCACCUCCACCAAGUCGCAGGAUCUGGCGCAGCCGCUCGUCGCCGCGCAGAUCCCCUUCAAGAUCCACAUCGUCAAGGACCACGACAUGAAGGAGCGCCUCUGCCUCGAGGCCGAGCGCCUCGGCCUGUCCGCGAUGAUCAUGGGCAGCCGCGGCUUUGGUGCCUUCCGCAGGGGAGAUAAAGGGAGGCUCGGGAGUGUCAGCGACUACUGCGUGCACCACUGCGUCUGCCCCGUGGUGGUUGUGCGGUACCCUGAUGAUGCUGGGGCAGCUGGUGGUGCGGAGGCUGCGGGCGAUGAGCUGCGGACGGUCCCUGAGAAUGAGGUCGUGUUCCAUGAGGCGCCCGAGGGGCAGAAAGAAAACUGAGGUAGCCGCAAGCAGACAGAUCAAGAGGAGAAAGCAAGACUUGGCUGAUUCCAACCAUCUGUAACUUUGUGGCUGCUUGUAUGCUCCACUCUGUGUUGCACUUUGAGUUUGUAUCAGACUUGUAGAUCAUGGACGAGUCCUCGUUGAUUCGCUUCCUGAGAAUUGAAAAUGGGAAUAAUGUAUUACUGCAGAUGGUAGCUGUUGUAUGAAUGGAUGUUUCUGCUUGACUUCACUGGAACAUGGUUCCGUUAGCCAACCUGUUUUCGCUGCAAACCUUGACCGUUACAA